AUGAACCGCCGCAGUGACAUGUCCAUGGGCGGGGACGUUGGUAGUGCCGAUCAAGCGUCCUCUGAUGUGCUACCGAUGCAUGAAAUUUAUAAUGGUGAACGUUCCAAUGCAGGAAGCCCCGACAGUGAGAAUGAUUUGGAGGAGCAAGGACAAGCAUUGGAAGUGGAGCAAGAAGAAGGAGAAGAAGAAGACGCAUCAAACCACGAUGGGAAUGACGAGGACAAAGAGAAUAGAGGCCAAUACGAUGACGAAGAAGCAAAUGCCCCUGACGGUGGCGUCAGUGUGUGUUCCGGUAGCGAAAUCGAGGAAGACGAUUCCGUUGAUUCAGCAGACUUUCGAGAAGAAGCAGUCCGCAAGGGUUUCUUGGACUUUCUCUUGAACUACAUUGGCUGCGGUAUCUAUGCGAAAGUCUUGGAUUGGCUAACCACAAAGAUCAUCAAGAUCCGUGGGGAUUCCGACGAUGCCGAGGCGGAAUUACAAGAUCUCGCGGGUGAUGCGAUUCAGGAAGCCACCGAUCCGUCCCAGCUGCUUCCGAACCAAUCGUCUGCUUUGAACUCUGGUGGUAGCGGCGGCGGCGGAGGAGGAGGAGCCGCUGGGAAUAGUGCCAUGAUGGGACAAAUGGCAACAAGUGCCGCUCAAGGAGCAGCUGGUGCUACCGCCACAGCCAGCGCUAGUGUCGCUGGAGGCGUCUCAUCAGCAGUAGCUGGUUUGGCCGGGCUUGUGGCCAGCACUGGGGUAGCAUCUCAGGUAGGGGUAGCCGUGGGGGUUGCAGCUGUUACAGCAGCCGCAGUCUCGGCGGGUGUCGGUAUUGUGACAAGUCAAUCAAAUGUACUCCCGGCCGCCUCCCCUCGCCCCAUGUACAACUACAGUGGCUUUGUCCCCCCCGAGUGUAACGGAGAAGGUGCGAGUACGCUGAAGAUUGGUCAGAUUGAGCUUCAAAUCCAAGGGUUCCCCCCUGAUGCCUUGCCCGAACGUAGAGAGGACCUGGAGAUCUUGUUUCGAGAUCUUUACAAUGAAAUCACAGUUGAGUUCCGUUUGUGUCUGCGGAAUUGCUUGUCGUGA